GCAGACAGUCGGUCAACAGUCAGAAACUAGUUUGCUGCUCAAUGAUCACUCGCCUGCGCCGUCAUGGAGUCCCUGAAGACAAAUCCCCGCUCCCUGUCAUUAGUGGCCAGUGUCUUUGUGCUGCUUGUGCAGCUGCGGUUGUGUUUGUCGGGAGACUGCCCCGCAGAUGGACGCACCUGGGUGCCGUUUGGAGACCGGUGUUACCACUUUGUCCACGGAGAAGAAGACCGAAUCAAAAGCUACACUUUUGAGAGAGCAAAAACCCUCUGCCAAGGAUUUGAGCUUUUGACCAUCCAGAGUGCUGAGGAGAAUGACUUUGUCAUCAAAUACAGCCCAGCGGUGUGGAAAAACGAGAUCAACAUUUGGCUGGGAAUGUAUUAUGACACAAACAGCGACAACAUGAAGUGGUUGGGUGAGCAACCAGUAGGAUUCAGUAACUGGGAGGACGGCCCUUCUCCAUCGGACCUCGUAACCUUGGAUACAUGUGUGGCUCUGCACUGCAACACGGGAAAGUGGGAAAAUGUCAGCUGCCUGGAUCAGACUGAGAAUGGAGUGGUCUGUGAGACGGCUCAGAAGGCAGAGAAAGUCAAGCCGAAAUCGAGCGCACUGCUGUCCGGCCUGGUCAUCCUCAGCGUGGUGGCUAUCAUGGGAGUCUCGGCAGUAGUGUGGGUUGUACACCAGAGGCACAAUCCUGGCUCCAGUAUGCUCGCAGCGUUUGAGUACCACCCGCCGUUCCGAGUUCUGGACACCGACCGCUCCUGCCUGGUGGAGUCUGAGGAGACUGACAGCGUGCCAUAGGAGAACGGUAUCUCUCUCCCAGGAAGCACCAGGCCCUCCUCACUGGGUGGGUGUUUAUGCACAGUAUAUGUCCACUCGGGGGGGAAAAAACAUGUCAAUGUUAUGGCUCUGUCAAGAAUGAUGUCGUGUGAUUGUGAGAAAGCUGACACCCGGCUUACUUUUAAUACUAACGACUCACUAUGGCACAUAAACAUCUCACUGCUUUUUUGUCAUCUGCGCAAGCAAAGAAUCAUCUGUACAUGUUUCAGAUUAGUGCAUCAGCAGCUACAGCAGCCUGCUCUACAUGUCAUGUGUAACGGCAUUAUAAUCGGGCACUGCGCAUUUCUCAAAUAACUUUUGGGAAAAUUAUUCCUCCGUGUGAAAAGUAACUUGCUGUUUCUUAUCGAAAAAGAGGGAGGGAUCAAAUAAAGAGCCACGCUUUUAUAAAUGUUCAGUGAUUUUAGUUUUGAAGGAUUGAAAUGAGAUUGAAAUAAGUAUGUGAAAUUGAUGCAGCAAAGACAAAGACACCCUGAUGUUAAGUCCUUCAUGCGUAUCAAGCUCCAAAAAUGCUUUAUUCUACAUUUCACAUGCAACCAAUCUCAUGGCUCCGUUCGACCCAGACGGCCAUGUAAUGGUCACGUCUUUCAAACCAGUGGAGUAUUCCCUUUUGGGGCAGUAUUCAAAGACAUGACAUGCUAUUCAGGGCACAUCCAUGUAGAUAGCUCGGUCGGAACAUAAACCUAGCUGUAUUUUGAGAAAUCGUCCUGUUAUUCCACGCGUGUAAAUGAUGCCAAUAAGACCGAUUUGCACAAUGCGGGAUUCAGAUUGUUUCCCAGGUAAAAUAUCAUUUUGAAAUGAGCAGCUGGGUCCUGGCUAAUGUCCUCACAUUCUUUGCAUGCUUUGAUUUCUUUUGUGACUCGCCAGAAUAUAGCCAGUAAAGCCAACGUUGGUCAACAAUCCUAACACUGAAGAAACCGUCUUUCAGUCAUUCCAGAAUAUUGUGGAGGUGGCCGUUAUGAAUAUACUCUAUUCACAGACCGUCAGUCCUACCUUGUCAAAAAGAUAUGCAUGUUCUAUGUUUCCUUCAGUCCAAUCUUAAUAUCAUUGUUUUCUUUUGAGGAGAGAGAUUUUGGUGUUGGAAAUGAUGGUUCCUGUGAUAUUAGACAAUCAAUAAUUGAUGGGUAUACUGAAACAUUUGUAAAGUACCCCUUUUAACAUUGUUGUACACUUUUAACAGCAUGAAUGCAAUAUUUGAGAUUAACGCUGCAGGAUCCGAGCCCCUGUGUGUUUUUCCUAAUAAAGUAUGUUUGACGAUAAGAAGA